CCUUUUAUGGAGGGGCCUGAAGCAGGGGCCUGGGGCCUUGCCCCUCUGUGCCACGAUGUUGGGGGAACUAAUCUUUCUUCUGAGGAGUUUCCACGGGUUCCUUGCUUCUUCUGGCCCCUUAGGAGCCGUCUUGGCUUGGUUGAUAAGCUUUAAGCCCAUCUUGUUUGCCUUCCUCCUCCUUCUGCUGUUGCUCAGCAACUGGCUGGUCAAACAGGAACACAAUUUGGCUCCCUCCCCGCCCCAGGAGGAGGCAGAAACAACAACGGCUCCAGAAGUCCGUCCCAAAAACAACGUCACAAACAAGGAAGAGUUGGAGAAAAUUAAUGCUUGCUUCGCCCUCCAGGAUAAGGUCCUUGAACGGCUGAUGUUCAGUGAGAUGAAACUGAAAGCCUUGGAAAAUCGGGUGUUCGUCAUGUGGAAUAAUAUAAAUCGCCGCCGCCGGUGGAACAGCAGACAUCGGAACUUCUCCAGGAGGAGGCACAGGUUGAAGAGGAAUGACUCCAUGUUCUCCACCAUAUCUAAAUGUACUACCAUUACCCCCACUGAAUGUGACUGAGAUGGGCUAGCCUCUGCUGAUGUGAUCUUGACCUGGUGUAUGAGUUUGGUUUUGUUGUUGCUGCUGUAACAAAAUACCCGAGCCUGAGAACUUUAUAAAGAAAAAGAGCUUUAUUUAGUUCAC